UGCUUCGGUACGUGUGUAACAACGGGGGCACAGCCAGGGCCAUUCAUUUGUUCGUACUACGAUGAUUCGGAAAUCGAGCUGAAAUUCACUGAAGUCGCCUAUUUACUGAAACCUUUGAAGGCAGAACGGAAAGUCUUUUAUACAAGUUCCAGAUUGCCACGCGUCCAAGUAACUGCAGUUAGUCCCUAACCAAUCAGUCUACAAUGAAGGUCAUCGGCGCCGAGCUGGUACCUGAGGAGAUGCCCCGUUCAGCGUCGGAGUCGACUAAAAAUCUUAAGUAUUCUACGCAAAGGCCGUGACGACGAAGAUCGCAAGUACACUUAGAAAACUCGUAGGUUAGACCUCCGGUGCUAUAAAUAAAUUAGUAACUAAACCAUCGACAAUUAAUUCACGAAACGACGGACAACACAUAUAGACUUUCCGCUGAUACUGCUCUGUCCGUGCUCGAAACGUCAUGAAAACCAGACUUCCAGUGCCUCUACAUCUCAGGAGACUGCUGACGGGCGGCUGCCACCGUCACAAGCCAUGGUGCCUCGCACUUAAACGAACUGUAACUACAACCAGUACUCAAGAUGGUGGCAUCGAGCAGGAAGACGUGCUUUCCCAGUACUACCGCCUCCUCGGUCAGGGCACGCUGAAACCGGACGAGAAUCAGCUCAAGGUGGCCCAACUCCUCCGUGAACUCCAGUCCAACAUCUCCCAGUAUGCACCCCGCAGCCAAAGCCUCUUUGAAAAGGUGACCGUUAAAAGGACCUUCAGACGAGGCGGUCAGACUGACAUUUGUUGUGACCUGCCUGUGUGCGGCUUUUUCCAGUGGUUCUCGGGGAACAAGCCAGUAGUCAAGCCGGCGGGGGUCUACAUCUACGGCGCUGUCGGCCGGGGCAAGACCAUGCUCAUGGACAUGUUCUACGAGUCCGCGACCCCGGAGAGCAAGCAACGAGUGCACUUCCACUCUUUUAUGCUGGAUGUCCAUAAUCGCAUCCACGCAUGGAAACAGCAGUCCGCCCAGGCGGGCCUGGGCCGCAAAUCCCCGCAGUACGACCCCAUUCCACCCGUGGCGGAGGCCCUCUGCGCCCAGGCCUGGCUGCUCUGCCUGGACGAGUUCCAGGUGACGGACAUUGGGGAUGCCAUGAUCCUCAAGCGCCUCUUCAGCCACCUCUUCAACCUCGGGGCCGUGGUGGUCGCCACGUCCAACCGCAAGCCCGACGACCUGUAUAAAAACGGACUGCAGCGCAGCAGCUUCCUGCCCUUCAUCGACGUGCUCAAGAAAAACUGCAUACCAGUGGCACUCGACUCCGGGAUCGACUACAGGAUUCAGAAGGGGGCUGCCAAGACUAGCUUCUACCUCGUAAAGUCUGAGUGCGAUGCUGAUGCAGAGUUGAACCGCAUGUUCAAAGUUCUGGCCAGCCAGGAAAACGAUGUCAUUCGGCCGCGCAUCCUCACGAUCAAGGGGCGCAACGUGGAGUUUGCCAAAGCCUGUGGACGAGUGCUCGACUCUUCCUUCUCCGAGCUGUGUGACCGCGCCGUGGGGGCGGUGGACUACCUAGCCCUGAGCCAGGUCUUCCACACUAUCCUGGUGCGGGACGUGCCCCAGCUGAGCUUGCGAGAGAAAACCCAAGCCCGGCGCUUCAUCACCCUCGUCGACACCCUGUACGACCACCGGGUGCGCCUCGUCAUGUCCGCCCAGGUGCCUCCCAACCAGCUCUUCUCCACUGUACAGGGCCCAAACACCCUCACCGAUGAGAACAGGCACCUGAUGGACGACCUCCAGCUCACCGAUCAGAGCGCGAGCAUCUUCAGUGGAGAGGAAGAGAUGUUUGCCUUCGACCGCACAGUGUCCCGGCUGAGUGAGAUGCAGACCGAGAACUACUGGAACCAAGCCAGUAAACACGUUUAUUAGCUG